AUAUCAUAUCCUUCUAUAUUAUACGCCUAAAUUAGUUACAAUUAUUCUUCAAGGAUCUCCAACUUUCAUUUACAUAUAAUCUAACUUUUGUGUCCUAAGAAUUACUUUGUAUUAAUUAAUCAUAGUAGUUGUUGAUAUUUAACUAUUUGGCGUAACAUAACAGCAUACGUGAUUAGCUAAUGACGGCACGACUACGCUCCGGGAUGAAGUUGAUGUUGUUGGUGAUUGUGGUGGCUGUGGUGGUGGCGGACAAUGUCACCGUGUCGCAUGCACACGAAGCCACCGAGGAGGAGAUUAAAGAAGGCGGUGAAUCGUGGAUGGGGUGGGCUAAGGAGAAGAUCCAAGAGGGGCUUGGAUUAAAACAUCAAAAUGUUGGUGAUGCAGCAAACGAAGCCAAAGAGAAGACAUAUGAAAAAGCAAAUGAAGCCUCCGACAAAGCAAACGAAAAGGCACGACAAGCUAAAGAUAAAACAUCCGAAGCUACUAGAGAUGCCGCGAACAAGGCUGCAUCGACGAAAGAUGCAGCCACAGAGCAUGCCGAAGUGGUGAAGGACAAGGCUCAGCAAUACGCCAACGAGGCCUCUAACAAGGCCUCGAAUGUCAAAGACCAAGUCCAACAACAAUCGGAAACAGUAGGCCGUAAAGCUCAAGAGGCCAAGGAGGCAACGGGCCAGAAGGUUGAUGAGGCAAAGGAGGCAACGGCUCGAAAGGCUCAAGAUGCCAAGGAGAAGGCCCAAGAUGCUAAGGAAGCCGCAGAGGAGCAUUCGAGUUGGAUGAAGGAGAAGGCCAAGGAAGGGUAUGAUGCUGCUAAGAAGAAGGCUGGUGAUACUUUGCGUAAUGCUAAGGAGAUUGCUCAAGAUAUGACCUCGACUCGUAACAUUGCUGAUAACGAUGACGACGAUGAUGAGCUCUAAAUUAGAAGUGUAUGUUGCAAUGGUCGUAGAUGGAGGGAAGGAAGACACGGAUUUGUAGUUAGUGUUUUGGCCAUUUUGAAGGAAUGCCUUUCCUUUUUAUGUUAUUAUAGUAUGAAAUUUAUGUAUGUGUGAAAAAAUGUUAUCCUAUAGUCAGUUUUAUUGCA